AUGGCCUCCGCUGAUGAUGCCCGCAAGAAGCGCAUCGUGUCGCACAUGAACCAGGACCACACGCGCGAGAUCUCCUAUUACCUGCGCCACUACGCUCACCUCUCUGCUGGCGCCGCUUCGUCCCCGGCCUUGCGGGACGUCGACCUCAAUGGCAUGACUAUUCGCUCGAAGGACGGGAGGGACCACUUUAUCCCGUUCACGCCGCCGCUCAAGGGCUGGGGAGAGGCCAAGGACCGCAUCAUCGAGAUGGCGGUUGAGGCCCGCGAGGCGCUGGGCCUCAGCGACGUGGUCAUUGAGGGCUACAGGCCUCCCGAGGGUUUCGGAAUCAUCGUUACCGGAUCUGUAAUCUUCUACUUCUUCUGCGCCGCUACCCUCCCUUGGGUCCAGCCUGGCACCGACGUCUGGAGGCUGCUGGAAACCGGGUUCCCGGGAGGACCUACGUUCUACAGCUGGCUCGUCAACGCCAUCUUCUGGCCGGUCGUCGGGAUCCACGUGGUCGAGUGUUACUUUUUCGACAGGAAGCUGCAGAGGCACGGCGUGGAGAGGUUGUCUGGGCAGUGGUGGUUGUGGCUGUCCAACUGCUUCUUUGAGGGGUUCCCAUCGUUCAAGCGGGUGGAUGGGAUCGUGGCCCGGAAGCAGCAGGAGAAGAACGGCAAGAAGCAGUGA